UUUGGAAGCGGAAUCAACCUCGCGUGAUUAUGUAGAUGGAGGAACAAACGGUGCAGGAAAGUUGAAGGUUGAAGGUUGAAGGUCGACUCUCAACCCGGACUCUGUCAGUGCCCAGGGCGACUACGCCCCUUCACACUUGCACGUGAGCAGCCUAUUCCGAGUGAGGGGCGGAAACGGCCCACCCUUCUGCCGGAUCCUGCUGGAGGCGUUCAUUGGUGCUCCCGCGAUUUCUGUGAUUGAAUGAGAGAGAUGGGGGCGUUUUGGGGCCUGGACAGUUGAGACGGUGAGCAUGGCCCAUCCGGCCCCCAGCACCACCCAGUUGUUGCACCGGGCCUUGGCCGCGGAUCGGCCCAUUUUCUCGUGCUCCCGGGUGCAUCACACGCCCCCCGCCCCCGUCAGUUUGAUUGUGGCCUCGAAUUUGCAGAUCCAGUUGGUGUUGGCCAACAAAUGCGUGCAGCGCAUCAAUCAGGCCCAGAAAACGCCCGAGGGCGGGGCGAGCAGCCACACGGUCGAUCUGGGCCCCAUCUUGGGGCCGUCCCGGAUUGCGCGGGCCUGGUUGGACCCCUUGGGCGCCCACCUGGUGCUGAGCACUAAGCCCAAUGACCCGGAAGGCCAACCGGACCUCUUGUAUUUGCACCGCGAUCGAGACAAACCCAAGUUCUCGUCCAAAUUCAAAGGCGUGGGCGUGACGGCCGUGGCCUGGCACACGCCCAACACGUCCGAAUCGACCACGGGCCCCAUUCUGUUGGGCACGGCCACGGGCGUGAUUUGGGAGACGGAACUAUCGCACCAAGAAGAGCGAUUCUUGGCCACGCCCCUCGAAGCUUACACCAAGCUGGCUUUCGAUUUGGGGCAGGGCCAGUACACGCCCAUCACCGGGCUCGAGUACCACCGAGUGCCGCACACUCAGCGGUACUUCAUCCUGGCCACCACGCCUCAUCGGCUGUAUCAAUUCCUGGGUAAGGUGGGCUCGCCCGAAGAACGCCCCUUGCUGCAGCACGUGUUCCAAAACUACGCCCAACGCCCGGACAAGUUCUUGGAGUUGCCCAGCUCGCUCAAGACCUCGACCCUGUCCAUGUUCUACCAAGUGCGUCAACGGGGCCAAGCCUCCGCCCAGCAUCCUCUGUAUCCGGUCUCGUUUGGCUGGUUAACCGGUUCGUGCGUGUAUACGGGCAAGAUUGACGCCUUGACGGCCCAGGCGGAUACGGUCACCGUGGAUUGUCAAAUGAUGACCUUCCCCCGGGUCUCAGGCUCGGAGACGGCCGUCAUGCCCCGGGCGUUUUUGAUCACGGAGUUCCACGCCAUCUACGCCUAUGAGACCACGGUUCGGGGCGAGUGUCUUUUGAAUGAGCAGAUCGUGUUCGAAACCGAAUUGGACGUGAGCUCGGGCAAAAUUCGGGGCAUGGCCCGUGAUCCCGUGAUCGGGUCAUUUUAUGUGUACUGCGAUUACGGCAUCUACAAAUUCAAAGUGGAGCGGGAGGAGCGCAACAUCUGGCAGAUUUACCUCGAGCAGAACGAGUUCGAUUUGGCUCAGCAAUUCUGCUUGGGCGAUGAGCUUAAACUGGAGGUGGUCAACGCCAGACGGGCCGAAGACCUCUUCGAUCAGGGCCGAUAUUUGGAGAGUGCCAUGCAUUUCGCCAAAACCCGCAGAUCGUUUGAGUCCAUCGCCCUCAAGUUCAUGCAAAUCGAUGAGAAAUCCGCGCUCCUCAACUACCUGAAACGCAAAUUAGAGACGGCCAAAAUGAGCGACCGGAUGCAAGUGAGUCUCAUCGUGGUCUGGAUCAUUGAGAUCUAUGUCAGCCGACUCAGACAGAUCCAGCGGGAGGGACUCAGUCCGGAUCUGUACCAGCAGACCCAUGCCGAGUUCCGAGCCCUCCUGGAGAACCCCAAGAUCAAGCCUUGCCUGACGCAGAACAAGAAUGCGCUCUACGACCUGCUGUCCGUCCACGGUGACAAGGACAACUUGGUCAGGUUCGCGGAGAUCAUGGGCGAUCAUGACCAAGUCAUCCGCUAUCACCUCCAGAACGAUCGUUUUGAGGCCGUUUUGCAGAUCCUUAAGGAGCAGCGCCAACCCGAACUCUAUUACAAGUACGGGCCCGAUCUGAUGCGGAACAUGCCCCAGGCCUUUGUGGACGCGCUCAUUGAGCAAGGCCUCAAACUAGCUCCCGCCCGCUUGAUACCAUCCUUGGUGGUGGGCACGGCUCGAGAACAGGAACUGGAGUCCAUCCGAUACAUCGAGCACUGCAUUCGACGCUUGGACAACAAGGGAGCAGCCCUUCACAACUAUCUGGUAGCCCUGUACAUCAAGCACCAGCCCGAAAAGAUGGAAGAGUACUUGGCCGAGCAAGGGGCCGAUCCUGAGGACGAUCUGCCCUACGACGUGAACUACACGCUUCACUUGUGCCAAGGAGCUGGCUUGAUCAAGGAGUGUGUCCGACUGUAUUGUCUCUUGGGCCAACUGGACGAAGCCAUCGAUCUGGCUCUCACCGUUGAUCUGGAGCAAGCCAAACGUUGCCUGGAAUUCGCCCACGAGGAGGACGAUCAGCGCAAGAUCUGGCUCCGCAUCGCCAAGUUCGUGGUUCAGCAAAAGAAUGAUAUCAAGCAGGCCAUGGACUGUCUCAAAGAAUGUCAGAAUCUGGUCAACAUCGAGGACAUAUUGCCUUUCUUCCCGGAUUUCGUCACCAUCGACCACUUCAAGGACGCCAUUUGUGACUCGCUCCAGGAGUACAGCAAGCACAUCCAAGACCUCAGGGACGAAAUGGACGAGUCCAAUAAAGCUGCCGACGGGAUCCGGCAAGAGAUCCAGGAGUACAAGAACCGCUACAUCUUUGUCAAAGCCACCGAGACUUGCUCCGUCUGCCACGGCUAUCUCAUGGCUCGCGGCUUUCACUUGUUUAACUGUGGACACAAGUUCCACACCGAUUGUUUGGUGAAGGAGAUCAUGCCCUACUUAUCUUCGGGAAGACGACGGAAAGUGGAUGAGAUCCAAGCAGAGAUGACCAACUUGAGACUUGAUCACAACGACGAGGAUACGCAAAGUGUUGAUAGUCGAACGGUUCGAUUGUCUCGGAAAGAUCAACUCAGGAACGACUUGGACGAGCUGAUUGCCAAUGAAUGCUUAUUCUGUGGCGAGCUCAUGGUCAAAAUGAUCGACCGGCCCUUUAUUGAAGACCAUAAAUUCGAACAAGAAGUCUUGGAUUGGCUCUAGUUUGAUGCCUCUUCCAUGUCAGAACAAUGUUGCGUUCAGUUUCAUGUCCAAAAGAUGACUGCGUUUAUAUAAACUUACAUCUACAAAUGAUUUUUUUACCCUGAUCACACUCAUUCCCCAAAUGUCACUUCACGUCCAUUGAUUUUUCUUUAG